AUGAGCAACGUGAAAUCAACUUCAAUACUAACGGCCGCUAACAAUCAAAAAGACGAUGAUGACUUACUCGAGGCAUUAUGCCGGAUGCGAGGCAUAAUGCUGCUGGUGCACCCGCUUAACACGGGUGCACCAGUUCGGAUCUAUGGACAAAGCCGCCUGGUGAUUGAGGCGGCCGAAUGUAAUGGCGCAUAUGCC